AUGAAAAAUGUGACGUCGCUGACUUCCGUUCGAAUGUGCCCUAGCUUUAUUCCUAGUACAGUUCGUAUAAAGGUGAAAUGUGAACGGAUCUCAAAAAUAUAAACCUGCUAUAUAAAACAUCUGCUUAUUUACACGUGAAUUUAUUUCAUUUUUAAGUAAGAUAGUGGUCGGAGAUCAAAACCCUCAGACGGAAAGAAAGGAAUAAGGGUUGUUGUUAGGCUAAGCUAGUGGUCAUGGCUAGUGCCGCGAAUACAAACAUGAACGCUGUCCGGGAAACGAUGGACGUUCUCCUGGAGAUCUCGAGACUCCUUAACACUGGACUCGACAUGGAGUCGUUGUCCAUCUGCGUGCGGCUGUGUGAGCAGGGCAUCAACCCCGAAGCUCUCUCUUCAGUUAUAAAAGAGCUUCGCAGAGCCACAGACACACUCAAGGCCUCUGACAACAGCACAAGCCAAGGAUAAGAAGUCAUCUCGCCAAGCUCGACGUAUUUAAUAAUAAAAAAAAUAAAACUCAACAAAUGUCAUCCAUUCACCAAGAGACUAAUAUUUAAUAAGGGAUUUUUCCCCCCCUGCAUUUUCCAUUUAGCCUUGUUUUUAUUUUUUUUUCUCUCUGUAAAAUGACCCCUUUGGUCAGUGCUCACUGAACAUGGUGUGCUUUCCCACAUCCAGUAUUUUAAAAGUCUCUUAAUGUUAUAAAUGUUUGAGAGACUUUGUGUUUGUUUACACUGUGGCUGCCAUAAGAUUUCAGCGCAGGACCGGGAUGAUAAAACUGAAUAAGCAGCUGUGUCUUUGUGUUGUUUGUCCACUAGAUGGAGACAACAUGUUAUCCUGCUGACCUGUUAUGAUUAUGACCAGGUCUGUGGAUAGCUAUGAGAUCACUGGACCUUAUUGUUCUUCCAAAAAAAAAAAAAAAAACAGACUGAUGUAUGUGUUUGGUUUAUUCUCCUGUUAUACAUGCUAGCAUGUCAUUUUUGCAAUAAACAUUUUACACACAU